UUAACCGAAGUAGCUUGAGCUGUGCUCGAAUAGUUUGUGUGGUCUCGACAUCUCGUUUAAACCCAGUAACCCACCACGUUAUUAAUGCAAAAAAUUCCGAAUAAAAAGAAAAAGAUUUAAGCAGAGCAAAUUCAGCAAAACUAGCGGUUGAUCUCCAGUCUACUAAACGGCCGAUCAGACUGGCCGGUGUCUUAAGUCUCUCCGGCGAUCAGGUAAGUUUUUGAUAUUUGGGAAUGGCAACUUAUUUGUGGAGAAAAUAUGCUGAUUACCUGCACACUAAGUGGGAGAAAGAAGUACUUUGGACAAUGGUUGAUCCGUUCAAGCGUCCAAAAUCAUUUACACCUCUUGUUACAAUCUAUGUAUGUGCCUUCUAUACUGGGGUCAUUGGAGCUGCAAUCACCGAGCAACUCUACAAGGAGAAGUACUGGGAAGAGCAUCCCGGCGAGGCAGUGCCAAUUAUGAGACCAAAAUUCUAUGGCGGGCCUUGGAAGAUUUACAAAGGAACCGUUCUUCCACCCAACAAGUGAAAAUCAAGACUUAAAUGGAGCUCAAAUGAUGGAAGAAAAACGUUAUAGAUGCUACUGAUUCCUUUCAUAUGCAGUGAUCUUGGUAUGUCUAAUUGUCUAGCUAACAUAAUCUGUACAAACAGUAAGUAACUACAUUGCGUUAUUUUCUUUGCAUUGUUUAAAUAAUUCAGUGAUAUAUGUUACCUUCUAAUAUGGCUAUUAGGUAUAAUCAUCUUAGGACUCAAAAGCUUCUUUUGUAAGAUCAUAUUCAUUUGUAGGAGCUCGUUCAUCCCAA